ACCCUAGCUGCAGGGAUGCAGAUAUUCGUGAAAACCCUUACGGGGAAGAUCACCUUGAGGUGGAGUCUUCUUGACACCAUUGACAAUGUCAAGGCUAAGAUCCAGGACAAGGAGGGCAUCCCACCGGAUCAGCAGCGUCUCAUCUUCGCAGGAAAGCAACUCGAGGACGGCCGCACUCUCGCGGACUACAACAUCCAGAAAGAGUCCACUCUCCACCUCGUCCUCCGUCUCCGCGGUGGCGCCAAGAAGCGCAAAAAGAAGACUUAUACCAAACCUAAGAAAAUCAAACACAAGCAUAAAAAGGUGAAGCUCUCUGUCUUGCAAUUCUAUAAGGUGGACGACUCCGGCAAGGUGCAGAGGCUCCGCAAGGAGUGCCCCAACGCCGAGUGCGGCGCAGGAACCUUCAUGGCCAAUCAUUUUGAUCGUCACUACUGCGGAAAGUGCGGUCUAACUUAUGUCUACCAGAAGGCCGGUGCCUACUCAUUAAUGUAUUUGUAUUUGUUUUCUUUAUUAUUUUUUUGUUUUUAAAGUUUUGUUUCAUGUUUGUUCGUGUAAUUACUUU